AUGCGGUAUGAAAUGGACUCUAUAUCGGAUGCGGCCGGAUCGAUGGAGCUGAUAACGGCGAGCUAUAAAAGGCCGGGGGGCGGCUGCGGCCGCGCUACAGCCCCGAGGAGCCGAGCCGGGAUGGGGCUGCGCCCCGCCGCGCUGGCGCUGCUCGCUCUGGCGGCCGCCGCCGCCUCCGCGCUGCCGCUGCCGCUGCCCGACGCCGGCCCGCACCUCAACUACGGCUGGGGAGAGCCCAUCCGGCUGCGGCACCUCUACACCGCCAGCAAGCACGGGCUCUUCAGCUGCUUCCUGCGCAUCGGCGCCGACGGCCGGGUGGACGCGGCCGGGAGCCAGAGCGCGCAGAGUCUGCUGGAGAUCCGCGCCGUGGCCGUGCGCACCGUGGCCAUCAAGGGCGUGCAGAGCUCCCGGUACCUGUGCAUGGACGAGGCGGGGCGGCUGCACGGGCAGCUCAGGUAUUCCACUGAAGACUGUUCCUUUGAGGAGGAGAUUCGCCCAGACGGCUACAACGUGUAUAAAUCCAAAAAACAUGGAAUAUCAGUGUCUUUGAGCAGUGCCAAACAAAGACAGCAGUUCAAGGGGAAAGAUUUCCUUCCCCUGUCUCACUUCUUGCCCAUGAUCAACACGGUGCCUGUGGAGUCAGCAGACUUUGGUGAAUACGGUGAUUACAGCCAGGCCUUUGAGCCAGAGGUGUUCUCCUCACCCCUGGAGACGGACAGCAUGGACCCCUUUGGCAUUGCCUCUAAACUGUCCCCAGUGAAGAGCCCCAGCUUCCAGAAGUGACUGUGCUCCCACACAUUUUUACAGGAAUAUUGAAGAGUACUGCAGGGUUUUUAUCUUUUUGUACAGUGAUAUUUGGGAACUUUUUUUGUGUAUUUGAGUAUGGAGCCAGCCUCAUCCUUGAUGUACCUGUAAGAGAUGAGUGCCAAGAGGCAAUUCUAUAGUCUAAAGAAUUGCCUAUCCAUAGUUUUGUUUGGAAAAGGAGGAUUAAAUGGUGAAAAGUUUAGCAGUUUUAUCAGAACUCCUCCAUAGGUGGUGAUAAAAUAAUUGUAAUUUUUCUACAGCAGAUUCGCUUCCACCUAUAUUAUUCCACCUGUUAUAUCUGCUCAUACAAGCAAAUGCAGAAAACCUUUUUCUCUUCAGAGACCUCAAACUCAAACAUUUGGACCAAAACUAGAUGAAGGAAAACAUCCUACCAGAUGUAACUUGAGUUAAUGCUCUUCUUAAAAAGCUGCUAACAACAUUCUGGGCAAAACUGUCUACUUAAAGCCUACUACUGAAAAAGCAAAUCU